AUGCCGAGCAAGCGUCGCCCACACCACCGCCGACUGUCCUGGCAGCCCGACCAAAACCCACUCACCAUUCGCAUCGGCAGCAGACGAAGUUCGCGAAAAUACCACCAGAUCCAAGUCGCCGGUGCGAAAGAUGCUGGUCGCUUCGCUCGUCUCGUCGGUGAUCAAGUGCGAGCUCAUCCUAGAGACCCUCUCGUCAUCUCCAUUAAUGGCUUUCAGCCUUGGCUCGGCCAUGUCAUCCACUCUUGUAUCGAGGACUACUGGUCGGACAUCUCAGAGCUCGACCGUUCGGUACAAUUUGGCAGUACAAUGCAAUUCCCGGAGAAGGCGAGCAAGCGUGGGAAGUGGAUCCCUUGGACAUUCAUCGUGGACCACAUGAAUGUACCUCAAGUCUACUACUGGUCCGUUGGUAUGACACCUCCAAAAUGGGAGGAACGAGACCCGACCAUCGACAGCUUCCGUUUUCGUACUGGAGUCUGGUUCUGUGGCCGUGGAGCAUGCGUGCUUGAUCGAGAAGUUUCCGUGACCAUCGUCUUCACCCUACCAAAUGCCGUCAGCGAACACGUCGUCACAGAACUCAUGUUCGACUAUCUCUGGCGUGAUGAAGACUUUGAUCAACCACGAGAGGACGAAGAAGGCAUCUGCUGGACAUUUUCAAGACUGUACUACCUCAUCACGGACUGGCAGAAUAUUUUGGGAGAGGUCCUGGCCAGACUAGGAGAGGCGGAAGCUAAUAGUCAUGGGCGACAUCUUCCUGUCAAAACUCGCACGAGGCGUAUGCACAUGGAAGUGGAUCGCAUCUACGAAAUGAAGAAGUUUCUCCGCUUCCACAUGAGAGCGUUCAGCAAGCUGCAGAAAUUGAAGCUCGAUGUGCCGAAGGAUGAGCAGCAAGACCCGUUGUGGGACGACAUGGACGAUGCGAUUGAGGAUCUUGAGCAGUUCGACUCCACGCUCGACGGGCUGAAAGAUCGGCAGGAUUCGGACGGGUGGUUCGCGGUCGAGAUCGUUGUCGAGAAGAAGGUCUUUGGGAUUGAGCAGGUCGCGCUCGAGGAUGAGGAGUGA